AUGGCGCCCCACGUCACCACACACACCACACCCGUGGCCCUGUGCUGCCCUCCCUCACACAUCUGCCCUCCCUCACACAUGUGCCCUCCCUCACACAUGUGCCCUCCCUCACACAUGUGCCCUCCCUCACACAUGUGCCCUCCUCACCCACAUGUGCCCUCCCUCACACAUGUGCCCUCCCUCACACAUGUGCCCUCCCUCACACAUGUGCCCUCCCUCACACAUGUGCCCUCCCUCACACAUGUGCCCUCCCUCACACAUGUGCCCUCCCUCACACAUGUGCCCUCCCUCACACAUGUGCCCUCCCUCACACAUGUGCCCUCCCUCACACAUGUGCCCUCCCUCACACAUGUGCCCUCCCUCACACAUGUGCCCUCCUCACACAUGUGCCCUCCCUCACACAUGUGCCCUCCCUCACACAUGUGCCCUCCCUCACACAUGUGCCCUCCCUCACACAUGUGCCCUCCCUCACACAUGUGCCCUCCCUCACACAUGUGCCCUCCCUCACACAUGUGCCCUCCCUCACACUGUGCCCUCCCUCACACAUGUGCCCUCCCUCACACAUGUGCCCUCCCUCACACAUGUGCCCUCCCUCACACAUGUGCCCUCCCUCACACAUGUGCCCUCCCUCACACAUGUGCCCUCCCUCACACAUGUGCCCUCCCUCACACAUGUGCCCUCCCUCACACAUGUGCCCUCCCUCACACAUGUGCCCUCCCUCACACAUGUGCCCUCCCUCACACAUGUGCCCUCCCUCACACAUGUGCCCUCCCUCACACAUGUGCCCUCCCUCACACAUGUGCCCUCCCUCACACAUGUGCCCAUGUGCCCUCCCUCACACAUGUGCCCUCCCUCACACAUGUGCCCUCCCUCACACAUGUGCCCUCCCUCACACAAUGUGCCCUCCUCACACAUGUGCCCUCCCUCACACAUGUGCCCUCCCUCACACAUGUGCCCUCCCUCACACAUGUGUCCCUCCCUCACACAACAUGUGCCCUCCCUCACACAUGUGCCCUCCCUCACACAUGUGCCCUCCCUCACACAUGUGUUCCUCCCUCACACAUGUGCCCUCCCUCACACAUGUGCCCUCCCUCACACAUGUGCCCUCCCUCACACAUGUGGCCCUCCCUCACACAUGUGCCCUCCCUCACACAUGUGCCCUCCCUCACACAUGUGCCCUCCACACUCACAGUGGCUGUGCAGCGAUCGCUGACAUGGCUGGAUGAGGAGCUGCGAUUGGCUGAAGAACGAGGGGGGGCGAGAACAGCGCUGCUAGGAGCGGUGGUGGGGGGCCCGUUUGAGGAGGAGAGGAGGCGGUCAGCACGCGAGACUGCAGCGCGCGCACAGGCUUGGCAGGGUACCACGUGGCGGGUUGGGCCUGGGGGAGGCAGUGCCGCACAGGGAUGCUCUGCUCGCUGCUGCUCUCUCAGAGCUUCCACCGGAGGCAAUCAGGCACACGGCAGGGCUCAACACACCAG